AUGGAGAAGGUGAACAUCGAGCCAUGUGUGAAGAUGGACACCCAAACCCUUGAUCUUCUCAAGAUAAGAGAUGAUGUCACAUGGUACAUAAGGAAGCUAGGCUUGAGCAAGCUCUUCAAGCUAGAAUGUAGUGAGUACUCACAACUCACCAAGGAGUUCCUCUCUACAGUAGCUCUUGCCUUUCCCAACCACAAUGGAGACCAACCAGCUGGUGAUGGACUCCUACUCUUCAAGAUAGGCGAUGCCAAUGGGCGCAUAUCCAUCUCAGCUCUAUGCCAACUCUUUGGACUUCCCAAUGAGACAGCACAUGACUUCAAGGAGAACUCAAAGAGGAAACAAGCUGCCUUUGCUGAUUGGACACACUUUGCCAAUGAACCAUUCUUGCCUUCAAGGUCAAAGGUGUCUAGAAUCACUCAUCCAGCCAUUCGCUAUGUGCACCGCCUCAUCUCCACCACUUUCCAAUGCAAACAAGAAGCCAACAAGGUCACAACUGAUGAGUUCUACAUCCUCACCACACCAUUCAUCAAGCAUGAGUACAAGGCCAACCUUGGACUUUUACUUGCCAAGACAUUCAUCAAUGUGAGGAAGCUAGCUAAAGACUUGGAAGGCAACAAGAAGCUUUGUGUUCGUUUUGGGAGGCUUAUCACGGCCAUAGUACUGCAUGUGGGGAUUGACAUUCCCAACUAUGAGCCACUACCCAAGCCAACCCCUUUGGAUCUCCAUGCUCUUCAGCACAUCCACUUCCUAAACCGUUGGACUAAAGACCCAACUCGCCUACGCUCAGGAGUUGUCACUUUCCAGCCCAAUGAGGAAGAGUUCUAUGUUCCAUCAAGUGAGAAACCAUCAUUCCCCAUGCUCACCUAUCGCACACUUCAGCAUGCAGUCAAGACUCAACGCCGCCUCCAAGAACGCCAUGUUCUCACUACUGGCAUGGCUGCGCACCAAGCUCUAGACCGUGUUAACAAGCUGGAGAAGAUAGUGGAAUGCCAAUCUCGCUUCAUCUCGCGCCUAGUCCGCGUAGUUCGCCACAUUGCACCGGAGAGACUCUUUCGCCCUUCUUCCACCGCUAGAGAGCCAUAUGAGCCUGACCUUGGUGAGUUCUCACUAGACUCAGAGCUUGGUUCAGAAGGCGAUGACCCCAUAGAUGAGGAAGAGAGUUCUUCUCACUGCCACACAUAG